AUGCUUGACGUGAACGAUUUCAUCACCGAACGGGGUGGUAACCCUGAGAAGAUCAGGGAGAGCCAGCGGAAGCGCCAUGCUCCUGUGGAGGCCGUCGACGAGGUGAUUGCGAUGUUCGAAGACCACCGCAAGACCGCCUACGCCGCCUCCCAACUUAGCGCCAAAGCCAAUGAAGUGCAGAAACAGAUUGGCCCCAAGAAGAAGGCGAAGGAGGAUGUUACGGAUCUUCUGAAGCAAAAAGCCGAUAUCGAGAAGGAGAGGAAGGAUCUCCUGGCCUCAGCCGCGGAGAAGGAGAAGGCCUUGAAGGUCAAGGUCAAGACGAUUGGCAACCUUGUCCACGAGUCCGUCCCUGUUUCGAAUACCGAGGACGACAACACGGUCGAGCGCACUUGGGCCCCAGAAGGCGUCACGUUCGAGAAGCGCGAUGUUCUCUCGCAUCACGAGGUUCUCGACAGGCUGGAUGGCUACGACCCAGAGAGGGGAGUGAAGGUUGUCGGCCACCGUGGGUACUUCCUGCGUCGGUGGGGUGUCUUCCUCAACCAGGCCAUCAUCAACUACGGUCUCGAAUUCUUGCAUGAGAGGGAUUAUGUUCCUCUGCAGACUCCCCAACUCAUGCUCAAGGACCAAAUGGCCAAGACCGCUCAGCUUUCCCAGUUCGACGAGGAACUUUACAAGGUCACUGGUGACCAAGUAGACAAGUACUUGAUCGCGACCUCAGAACAACCUAUCUCCGCCUUCCACAGCGACGAGUGGCUCCAGCCCAAGGAACUGCCGUUGAAGUAUGCGGGCUACUCAACAUGUUUCCGCAAGGAGGCAGGUGCUCAUGGGAAAGAUGUCUGGGGAAUCUUCCGCGUCCACGAGUUCACUAAGGUGGAGCAAUUUUGUGUCACAGAUCCUGAGAAGUCAUGGGAGAUGUUUGAGAACAUGAUCUCAACGUCGGAAGACUUCUACAAAUCCCUUGGGAUUCCCCACCGGGUUGUCGCCAUUGUGUCAGGUGCUCUAAACAACGCCGCCGCGAAGAAGCUUGACCUUGAAGCCUGGUUUCCUCACCAGGGCGAGUUCAAGGAACUUGUCAGCUGCUCGAAUUGUACCGACUACCAGAGCCGCGACCUCGAGAUCCGCUUCGGCAUCAAGAAGCAGACCGACGUUAAGAAGACAUAUGUUCACUGCCUCAACUCGACCCUUACCGCAACGACAAGAACGAUUUGCGCGAUUCUCGAGAAUUUCCAGACCGAAGAGGGCGUCAACAUCCCCGAGCCGUUACGGAAGUAUCUACCAGGCGCCCCUGAAUUUAUCCCCUUUUCCAAGGCACCAGCGGAGAAGAAAGAGGAGAAGGCGGGGAAGAAGGGAGGUGAGAAGAAGGAAAUACCCGUCCGGUAA